UCCUGCAACACUUGCAUAUUUACGCAAACUCCACGCUGGUCAGCUCUAACUUGCCCUGGCACCUGAAAGCUGAUCUAGUCACACUGUAAAGAAAUGACUGAUUGGUGCGCGCAUUAGCAAGACCUUACUGCGGAGUUGGAUAUCUGAUAUUUGACGGUUUUUGACAGUUCAUACUGAUCUAGGGGAGGAACCACCAUGCCAGGGUCUGUGAAGCUACGCAGCAUCAAAAAGUUUGGACAUGAGAAUGAUGCCUAUGACUUUUCAAAUGAAGAGCAAAAUGCAGAUUACAUGACGGUUGCAUCUUCUAAAAGCGAUAAGAAGUCCAAAAAAGACAAGAAGAAGGAUGAACCUACUAUCCGAGUUGGGUUCUUUCAGCUGUUUCGGUUUGCUACCUGGAGGGAGGUGUGUAUGAUGAUCUUCGGCUCUGUGUGUGCCAUGCUGCACGGUUCAGCACAGCCGCUGAUGCUGCUUGUUUUCGGCAUGUUGACGGACACAUUCAUUGAGUACGACAUUGAGCUGAACGAGCUCAGAGACCCAGAGAAACACUGCUUCAAUAAUACCAUCCAAUGGCGGAACCUCAGUGUUGAGCUGAACCUGGAGCUCAACAUGACCAGAUCGUGCGGGCUUUUAGAUAUAGAAUAUGAGAUGACCAAUUUUGCCUACUACUAUGUCGGCAUUGGAAGUGCAGUCUUCAUCCUAGGAUACUUACAAAUCUCCAUGUGGGUGUCGAGCGCUGCUCGACAAAUUCAGAUCAUCCGCAAACUGUACUUCAGCAAAGUCAUGAGGAUGGAGAUCGGCUGGUUCGACUGCAACUCUGUGGGAGAGCUCAAUACACGCAUGUCUGAUGACAUAAACAAGAUAAAUGAUGCCAUAGCCGACCAAGUCAGCAUCUUCAUUCAACGCUUCACCACCUUCCUCUGUGGCUUCCUCAUGGGCUUUGCAAGGGGCUGGAAGCUGACGCUGGUCAUCAUCUCUGUGUCUCCCCUCAUUGGAGUAGGAGCUGCUCUUAUGGCUUUGUUUGUGGCUAAGCUGACGGGGCGCGAGCUGCAGGCGUACGCUAAAGCAGGUGCUGUAGCAGAUGAGGUCCUGUCCUCUAUCCGAACUGUGGCAGCUUUUGGAGGAGAAAAAAAAGAAGUGGAGAGGUAUGACAAUAAUCUGAUCUCUGCUCAGCGCUGGGGCAUUAGGAAAGGUCUAAUCAUGGGAUUCUUCACCGGCUACUUGUGGUUCAUUAUAUUCCUUUGUUAUGCACUGGCCUUUUGGUAUGGCUCCAGUUUAGUGAUAGACACGGAGGAGUACACCCCUGGAACGCUGCUUCAGGUGUUUUUUGGGGUGCUUAUUGCAGCUUUGAACCUGGGGCAGGCAUCCCCCUGUCUGGAGGCCUUCGCUUCAGGCCGAGGCGCAGCCACCACCAUCUUUGAGACCAUUGAUCGUGAGCCUGAGAUAGACUGCCUAUCUGAGGCUGGCUACAAGCUGGACAGAGUGAAGGGCGAUUUGGAAUUUCACAACGUGACCUUCUACUAUCCUUCGAGACCUGAAGUCAAGAUCCUGGAUCAGCUGAGCCUGCAGGUGAAGUCUGGGGAGACCACAGCAUUUGUGGGGCCAAGCGGAGCAGGGAAAAGCACAGCUGUACAGCUUAUCCAGCGCUUCUAUGAUCCCAAAGAGGGCAUGGUCACUCUGGAUGGUCAUGAUAUCCGAGGUCUGAAUAUUCAGUGGCUCCGUUCACUCAUCGGCAUUGUAGAGCAGGAGCCAGUUCUAUUUGCCACCACUAUUGCUGAGAAUAUUCGCUACGGACGUCCCGGGGUGUCUCAUGAAGACAUCGUCAAAGCUGCCAAAGAGGCAAACGCCUACAAUUUUAUCAUGGAUUUACCACAGAAAUUUGACACAAUGGUUGGUGAGGGUGGUGGGCAGAUGAGUGGUGGUCAGAAGCAGCGAAUUGCAAUUGCACGAGCGUUGGUGAGGAAUCCAAGGAUCCUUUUGCUGGACAUGGCUACCUCUGCACUAGACAAUGAAAGUGAAGCUGUUGUACAGGAGGCCCUAGACAAGGUCCGAUUGGGUCGCACUACAAUUUCCAUUGCCCACCGUUUGUCAACGAUAAAGAAUGCUGACAUUAUUGUGGGAUUUGAGCACGGGCGAGCCGUGGAGAGAGGAAAACACAAUGAGUUGCUGGACAGAAAGGGCGUUUACUUUACCUUAGUGACCCUACAGAGCCAGGGAGACAAAGCCCUCAACCAGAAAGCCCAACAGAUGGCAGAGGGUGCUGGUACAGAUCCUGAUUCACAGAAGAGUCUUUCACGAGCAGGAAGCUAUCGGGCAAGCCUCAGGGCCUCCAUUCGUCAAAGAUCUCGAUCACAAUUGUCCAAUGUUAUCCCAGAGUCCUCGGUACCAAUAGCAGGAGAACUGGGUCCAAGGUCAUAUGCUGAAUCCUACAUUUCCCAGGAGACCAAAGGAAAGAGUGUGCUUCCUGAAGAUGAGGAAGAAGUGGUGGAACCGGCUCCUGUUACUCGUAUUCUCAAGUACAAUGCUCCUGAAUGGCCUUACAUGGUUUUCGGUUCUUUCGGAGCAGCUGUAAACGGUGGAGUCAAUCCGGUGUACUCGCUACUUUUCAGCCAGAUCCUGGCGACAUUCUCCAUGUCUGACCCUGUUGCCCAGAGGAGAGAAAUCAAUGGAAUUUGCCUGUUCUUCGUCAUUGUUGGACUGAUCACAUUUUUCACACAAAUGAUUCAGGGUUAUUCGUUUUCUAAGUCUGGGGAGUUGCUGACCCGCAGACUGAGACGUGUAGGUUUCCAGGCAAUGUUAGGCCAGGAGAUUGGCUGGUUUGAUGACCACAGGAACAGCCCUGGUGCUCUGGCCACAAGAUUGGCCACAGAUGCUUCACAAGUGCAGGGAGCCACAGGAUCACAGAUCGGAAUGAUUGUGAACUCUCUGGCUAAUAUUGGCGUGGCCAUCAUUAUCUCCUUCUACUUUAGCUGGAAGCUCACCCUUGUCAUCAUAUGCUUCCUGCCCUUCCUUGCUCUUUCCGGGGGGUUACAGGCCAAGAUGCUAACAGGCUUUGCAAAGCAAGACAAACAAGCUAUGGAAGCAGCUGGACAGAUUUCUGGUGAGGCGCUCAGCAACAUUCGCACUGUCGCUGGGCUGGGCAAGGAGCGCAAGUUUGUGGAGAUGUAUGAGGCUCAGCUGGAGGCACCGUAUCGUGCUGCAAUGAAGAAGGCAAAUGUAUACGGUGCCUGUUACGGAUUUGCUCAGUGUGUGGUCUUCAUGGCAAACUCUGCAUCCUAUCGGUUUGGUGGAUACUUGGUCCGCCACGAGGGCCUUCAUUUCAGCCUGGUUUUCAGGGUAAUUUCUGCCAUUGUGACCAGUGGAACAGCCCUGGGAAGAGCCUCGUCAUAUACACCAGACUACGCCAAAGCAAAGAUCUCUGCAGCUCGGUUCUUCCAGCUGCUCGACCGUGUUCCUAAAAUCUGUGUCUACAGUGACAAAGGAGACAAAUGGGCUGAUUUUAAAGGAAAUAUUGAGUUUAUGGACUGCAAGUUCACCUACCCAAGCCGGCCAGAUAUCCAGGUAUUAAAUGGGCUUUGUGUGAGUGUGAAGCCUGGUCAGACCCUCGCCUUUGUGGGCAGCAGCGGCUGUGGCAAAAGUACUAGUGUCCAGUUACUCGAGAGAUUUUAUGACCCAGAUUCUGGAAAGGUGCGAAUUGAUGGACGUGAAUCCACUCGUAUCAAUGUUCCAUUCCUACGGUCCAAGAUAGGGAUUGUUUCCCAAGAGCCCAUUCUGUUUGACUGCAGCAUUGCAGAGAACAUCCGUUAUGGAGACAACCAAAGGGUGCUCAGCAUGGAUGAUGUCAUCUCUGCAGCCAAGAAGGCUCAACUCCAUGAUUUUGUCAUGUCUCUUCCUGAGAAGUAUGACACUUAUGUGGGCUCCCAAGGUUCACAGCUGUCUCGUGGUCAAAAGCAGCGCAUCGCUAUUGCCCGGGCCAUAAUACGGGACCCCAAAAUCCUCCUGCUGGACGAGGCUACGUCAGCACUGGACACAGAGAGUGAGAAAACUGUACAGGAAGCUUUGGAUAAAGCGAGGGAAGGCCGAACCUGCAUCGUCAUUGCCCAUCGCCUCUCCACCAUCCAGAACUCUGACAUCAUAGCGGUGAUGUCACGAGGUUAUGUGAUCGAGAAAGGCACACAUGAUCAUCUCAUGUCUUUGAUGGGAGCUUAUUAUAAGCUGGUCACGACUGGAGCACCAAUCAGCUAACUGUGUGCUACUGAACCAACCAGUGUCUAAUGAGAUCCAAAUGGUUUAUGUAAAUUAUAAACAGGAAAAUUGAGGAAACUAAUUUCUGGUCUUAAAACCUGCCUGAUGCUAAUGCAACUGAAAGUAUAAAUCCUGUUAAAAAUUCACUUAAUUAUUACUCGAUUUAAGCUGUUUAUUUUUGAUAACACAUUGUACAGUUUGCUGUUAUAGUUUUUAUUUUAACAUAUGUACUCUCUCAGUCUGUCUUGUAAAGUGGUCUGUAUUGUUUUAAACAUAUGUUUGUAUGCAAAAGUUUAAGCAUCUCGAUCAAAUGACAUGUUUUGUUAUUAGAAGUGUAAUUAUGUUAACACAACCUCUACAGAGAACACAUUCUGCACAUCAUAAAGCACAUUUACUGUUUAUUUGCUGAAUUUAACAUGUUGAAAAAAAAUAAAAUGAUGUGGCCUGUGUUUCCAAUACAUUAAUUUCAAUUGAAUUAAUAGAUUAAUUGAUUGUGCAUUAAAAUGUGCACAAAAAUGCCAUAUUUAAGUUCUCAGUAGAGGAUGGGUCACUUAAAAAUUCAACUAAACAUGCAAGUUCAUACUUUUGCAUAUGACUGUGAAACAAUGAAAAUGCAUCUACAAAGAGUACAAUUUUAAUAGAGUGAAAGUGUUAGAUUACAUGUGCUUAUUUUGUUGAAUUGUUAAAAAAAAGACUGAAGUACUGAAGUCCAUCUUUAAUGAGCUCAGGCCCAGAGAAAGCGGCAGUGUUUCUGAAUCCUGUUUAUGUGUUCUUGUUCUUUGCAUGACAGACUUUUAACUUGGAAGUUUUCCUGAGCCCAUGCAAUGAUUUUCACUUCAGAAUCGUGUCUGUUUUUAAUGAGGUGCUGUCUGAGGGCCUAAAGAGAAUGGCCAGCCAAUAUAGAUUUUUCUGAAUCUUUUCAUUCAUCAUUCUUUUCAUUAUAUUAUGUCUGGUAGAUGAUGAAAUAAAUUUCUUUGCUAUUUUAUGUUGAUAAA